AGUUUGCAUUGUAAGGGGUCUUUGCUUUCCCUUCCCUGAGCCUCCUUUUUGGACUCUUCAGUUUGAGUCUGUCUGGCUUGAUGGUAUCUGGGUGUGUGGUCAAGGAGCGCCUUUCCUCUGUUUCUCAGGCUGGCCGACUCUCUUUCUCCUCCACUGCUUCCCCCACUCACUCCCUCCCUCCUGUGCUGACUCUUGGCCUGGGUCCCUGAGCCCUGGUGCAAAUGGAGGGCGCAGGAGGGGUGAGGUUACAUCUCCCUGGAGCCCAGCGCUGCUAGCUUUUCAGAGGCUCGCCAGGAGCCGGCGGCCGGAGUUGGGACCGUGCAGACUGCGCUCCUCUGCCCUCCCUGCGCCGCCGGCCUCGCCCAUGUCUCAGUACGCUCCCGGCUCAGACUUCAAGAGGGCUUUGGACAGCAGUCCCGAGGCCAACACUGAGGAUGACAAGACCGAGGAGGAUGUGCCCAUGCCCAGGAACUACCUGUGGCUCACCAUUGUCUCGUGUUUUUGUCCCGCGUACCCCAUCAACAUCGUGGCUUUAGUUUUCUCCAUCAUGUCUCUGAACAGCUACAACGAAGGAGACAUAGAAGGAGCCAAGCGGCUUGGGAGGAAUGCCAAGUGGGUGGCCGUUGCCUCCAUCAUCAUUGGCCUUCUCAUCAUUGCUAUUUCUUGUGCCGUUCACUUCACACGGAAAGCGUGAGCAGCCAGUGGUCAGCCACAAGCAUGGAGGAUGGACCUUAUCCACACACACCCCAAAGAAGUUUCUGAGGAAUGGAUCCUUGACUUCAGACUGAGAUCUUUUCCUCCAGGACUCUCCAGAGGCAGGCCCCUGGCAAAGGAACUAAACGAGAAAAAAAAGAAAAAAAAAAAGUCCAAAAUUUAGGAAAACCAAGCAGCACAGCCAGAUCAGCCAGAAUCGUCAGCUAAGUCUGUUUCAGUUUAUCAAAAGCCAUUGUGUCCAUGUAUCCAGGCCUCUCCUCCAGAGAUGAGCCUCAGGAAAUCUCAUCACUUUUCAGUGGAGGGGGAGAGGUUCCAGAUCUGGGAGGAGAGGGAAUUUCUAGAAAGAGCAGUGGAUGCUGGUGUUGGCAGUGUUGAGCACAUGUUGAGCACGUUUAAAGUUGUCUAAUAGAACUGAAUUUGUGUGUUGUUUCCUUGUAUGUUUAUGUGCUGCAGCUUCACGUCAGUCUUCUGUAGCUCCUCCUCUGUCAGCCCCCAAGAGUUCAACAUACUGGCAUCAAAGCGAAGAUUUCUGGUCUUAUGUCUUGGUCUCACUUAUCCUAACUCCACCCCCAGUGCCACCACCCCCGCCCCCAAUAACCCCUUGCUUGCAUCCACCAUGUGUCAACUUGACCACACCCUCAUUUUUCACUCAGACAGACUCUGAGAAUGUACUUAGUGGUCAAGUCUAAGUACGUGAGCACCUUUCCCAUCCCACUUUUGGGAAUAUACUGGCUGUGUUUAUGGAAUGUGCUUUUUUUUCUUUCUCUCUUUAGCAAGUUUCAGGCAAGAUCUUUGAUUUUUCCGGGUGCCACUAGGAAAUACCACUCAUUUUAUGGAUUUUCUGUCAAACGUAAACCCUUUAGGUGUGACUGUAUUAUUUUCAUGACACCGCCAUUAUUCUGCCUGUCAGAACACGCUCAUCCUGUGUGGUACCACUGGUGGUACGCAAAGAUAAUCUUUAAGUCAUUUAUAGCCACCCCUUGAAUUGUAAGGAACACUUCCCUUUUUCUGUUUUGUUUCAAUCCUGAUUACAGCUCAGAGAAAGUCUCUGUUUAGUGCUCAUAGGUCCUCACCACCUUGCUCAUCCUUUGGUUCUUUUCCCUCCUUAAUAAAGAGCAGGCCUCAGGUUCAAAGUCUUCUGUUUAGAUAGAAUUUAAUAACCUAAUGGGUUUUGUUUUCAUUCUGUUUUAUUAAUUACCUUCCAUGAAUGGCUCUCCAGUUAGGGAUGAGCUGUAUACAUUUUCCGUUCAAAUACAUCUACUUAAGAAAAGAAAGUAGGAGUUCCCAUUGUGUCUCAGUGGUUAACGAACCUGAAUAGUAUCCAUGAGGAUGCGAGUUUGAUCCCUGGCCUUGCUCAGUGGGUUAAGGAUCUGGCAUUGCCAUGAGCUAUGGUGUAGGUCGCAGACGAUGCUUGGAUCCUUAACCCACUGAGCAAGGCCAGGGAUGGACCCUUAGCCUGGGAACCUCCAUGUGCCGUGAGUGCGGCCCUAAAAAAAAAAAAAAAAAAAGUGAAAGAAAAAAAAAAAGUGGAUGCAAAGAAAAUAUUAAGUGGUUAAUACCACAGGUGAUAGGUAUAUGUGAGAAAUAACUUCAAAGAUUAAUAUUACAAAUAGUGAUAAUGAAGUUUCCUCAGCAAGAGAAAAGGCAGCUUAUGCUAAGCGAAUGGACAAGAAGCUAAGGCGAAACACCUGAGUUCCAAAGCCUUUUUUUGCCACGAACUAACUAUACAAGCUGACUUUAGGCAAGUUUCUUAGCUUUUUGUGCCUCAAAUUUCUUCAUCUGGAAAAGGGAGAUAAGAAUGCCUGCCUACUUACCUCAGAGUGUCAUUAGGAAAAUUAAUCGCCGUAAUAGAUAUGAUUGCCCCUGGAGGGAAAUUCUAAGUGCUAUACAAAUGUAAAGCCUUGUUCUUAAAUUAUUGUGAAUCUCAGGCAUUUGUUAAAACUCCUGGACCCUAGCAAAAAUUUUUUUAAAAAAUGGGCACUGAUGGACACUGGAUGCCACCUGUCACUUCAUCUAGAUGUCCAUCACGAGCCAGAACUUGUCCCAGGAGGACACUGAAUCAGGGACACCAAUUCUUAGCACACAGAGAUCUUAGUAUCAUUCCAAUGUAUCAGAUCUUGAUUUCUGUUUCUCACACCUUGUUUUUUUGUUAGUUUGUGUUUGAGUCCCUGAUCUUUUACCCAAAUCAAAUGAAGUGUUGCUGAGAGGCAGAAUAAAAAUGGUUUUGAGUAAGCCUGUUUACCACAGUGUGCACAUUGUGUUUUCUUGGGGUUACCAACCCUCUAGAGGCUCCCAUAACUGAAACAGGCUCAUUCAUCCAGACUGAGCCUCUUGCAUAGACCAUAGAGAGGCUGAAGGUGGGGCUUCAAGGUGUCAACUCAGAACUAAAAUAUGGCCUGAAAUGCCCUUCCAGGAAGCAUUGAAAAUCUUGGUCCUGGAAUUCCCGUUGUGGCUCAGCAGGUUAAGAACGUGCUAUAGUGUCUGUGAGGAUGAGGGUUAAACCACUGGCCUUGCUCAGUGAGUUAAGGAUCCAGCAUUGCCACAAGCUGCAGCUUAGGAUGCAGAUGCAGAUCAAAUCCAGCAUUGCUGUGGCUGUGGCAUAGGCCAACAGCUGCAGCCCUGAUUUGACCCUUAGCCCAGGAACUUCCAUGUGCCACAGGCGAAGCCAUAAAAAUAGUAGUUAAAAAAAUGUUGGUCCUACUAAAGUCACUAAGUGAGAUCUCUGGGAUUGAGAUAGGGGUCUGAUUUGGGGUGGGGGUGGGGGGCAGUGUCUGGCAGAGAACUUUAAUAUUGACAAAGUGAGAUGAUGAUCUUCUCCAGGGCCUCCUACAAAGCUGAGAUCACCCCUGCUCCACUCCAAAAAAGCACAUUUAGAAAACGGAUUGAUCAAGUGCAUCAGCCAGAGGACUCUUUGAGAAGCCAGUGACUAAAAAAUGGCCACAGCAAAAAGGGUUUACUUGUUCAUAUAAUUGAAAACUGUAGGGAUAGCUUCAGGUACGGCUGGAUCUUGGUGCUCAGCAUUACUAAAAAUUUCUUCUUUAUCAAUUUCUCAGCAUCAACUCAGUAUAUUUUGGUUUCACAACAGCACAGUGGCUGCCAGCAGCUUGGGAUUUCUUCCUACAAGCUAAGCAAUGCAUGGGGAAAUAAAGUAACUCUUCCCUAAGGGUUACAAGGGGGAAAAAAUUUCAAUUUGAAAUAAUGCACAAUUGAUUUGGAGCAGGAAUCAAACCGUCAGAAUGAAUACCAUCCAUUAACAGACAGGCGUGGCCACCCUUUCCAACACAAAUUUAUACUGUGUCUGGGAGUGUGUAGUAUCCUCUUUGGCCAGAACUGGGUCACAAUUCAGCCAGUGAAACUGAGGAUGAAGUCAACUCCACCCGAACUUUAUGGAUUGAGGGUGUGGGAAGGGAGGUUUCCCAAAGGAAAACUAAAGUGCUUUUACCAGAAGAAGAGACAGAUGCUGAGCAGAAGAAAAAAAAAAAAAAAAA